AGUGACAGAUGUCAAAUAAUUCACAAAAACAAUGAAGAACGUUCAUUUUUUUCAUUCAAUGAAUACAAGUCAAGUGUGUAGGUAAUAAUUUUAUGGUUUAUAACCUAUUUGUUUACAGAAUGUUUACGUUUAAGUAAUAAACGCGAAUCAUUAAUAAAAAUGGCAACAAAACUAGUAAGAACUAAAAAUAUAUCUAACUUAUUAAAUAAUUCGAUUUCGAUUUAUUUUACCAAAAAGACUAGUUUAACAAAUUUUGCUAAAUACCAAAAUAAUUUAAUUUUAAAUAAUAGUUGUAAAUUUGGUGUGAGCUCAGUGUCGAUGGGAACUGCAGGUCAUGCAGAAACAACAAGUACCACACAAGGUUUAUCAAAGCUCCAAGCUCAAGAACUUAUUUUAAGACUAAACGGAGAAGAGAGAAACGUUUUGAUGACCGCACUACAUGAAUACCAAUCAAAAUUAGUUAAAGACGAAUACGAAGGUCAGCUAGCAGCGUCUAGAUGGAGAAGUAUGUACGGUAGGCCUAGCAAACUUCCCAGGCUUGGGGAUGUAGAUCCUACGGGAUCCUACUGUCCUUUUCCAGAAGACUGGCUUAAGAAAAAAAUUGCUGCAUCAGUUCCUAGACCAACAACAAAAAAUCUUAUAGAUAUUGGAAUAGCUAAUUCCAUCCCGUUUAUUGGAUUUGGAUUCCUCGAUAAUUUCUUCAUGUUAUUUUUUGGAGAUUAUAUUGACUUAUACUUAGGGUCUUAUUUUUGCCUGUCGACGAUGGGUGCCGCAGCUUUGGGCAACACUUUAUCGGAUAUCAUGGGUAUCGGUUCGGCAUUUUAUGUGGAACGUCUGGCUAACAGAAUCGGUUUUACGCCUCCCAAACUUUCUCCAAUUCAGCUGGAUAUGAAUUGUUGUAGAAAUUCCGCUAACGCCGGUAGAGUUUUGGGUGUAACCUUGGGCUGCUUAUUAGGUAUGUGUCCGUUACUGUUUAGAAGAAAAGAAGACACAGAAGAAAAAGAAGAUGGUUAGGUUAAGUACAACACUGGUAGGUUUGAUUGUAGUUAAUUUAUAGCCAAAUACUUCUUUUUAUUAUAUCAUUUUUAGAAUUGUUGGUUUUAACUGUUAAAAUAUAUUAUUUAUUUGAGAAAAAAUCUAUUUUAUAUUUUUAGACUGUAAAUUUUCAAGUAAUCAAGUCUACAGAAACAGAAAUGUGUACAUAAAAGUAAAUUAUAUUGCAAUUGUUGAAUGGUGCUAUAUUGUCUAUUACUACUUUAUCUAUUCUAUGGAAUUGUUGAUCGAUUUACACUGUAAAAAAUUUCGGUUUUUACAAGUAUUUCAUAAACCAGAUUUUAUUACAAUUUUUUAUUUAAUUUGUAAUUUCUUUUGAGUAUUUUCCGAGCUAUUUCAUAGAAAUGAUAAAGAAAACGUUUUGACUUUUUUUAUUUUAUUAUUUAUUAACAUUGUUAUCGAUUUUUGAUUGUAGAUUUCAACAACUUUUCAAUUUCCUCCUUGUAAAAAUGUGUAAAUUAUUCAAUUUCAUUACCAUCAUCCUCGUGUUGAAAUAAUAAUCAAUAGCUUCGUAAUUAUUAAUUAGUUCUGCAUUUUUGUAGAUCAAAAUAAAAUUUUCCAUAUUGCUUAUGGAUUUUACAUUUUUCAUCGCUGCCAUCUGGAAUACCAAGUUUGUAAUUCAUCCAUACUAUACGAUAUCAAGUAACUUGCAAUUCAAUUAUCCAAAGAUAAUUUGUUCCAAAAGUUUUUAUCAUUUUUUUUUCUUUAUUUGUAAAACAUGAUCGUUUUAGCGACAAAAAGAAGAAGAAAGUGUUUAUAAAUGGGUUUCUUUAAUUUUUAGACGUACUUAUCAUCUUUAGAAAUGAACGUAAAUUAUAAUGGACCACCUUAUAUAAUUAAAACAUUGCUAUUUAGUAUCACAGUUUGUAUAUACAAUUCAUCGAUAACUCUUGAAGAAAUUGUUAUGAAUAUAUAACUCAAGAAUACCGUAAGGAAAUAUUUUUGGUUCUCUAUUGUGUCAUUUAUUUCCAUCUGAUGUGCCCGAAUACAUUAAUAGAAACAUUUUCAUAUUAUAUUAUUGCAGAAAUAUCGAGAUAGCUACCAUUAAUAGGAUCAGAAAAGUAAUUGGGGUCUAAAUAUUGAACCAACUACAACGGUUCCAAUAAUGUAAACAGCAAAUCGACAUGAAAAAGGAAAUUUGUUAAGCUGAAAUUUUUGGAACCGUUGGUUAUAUUUAUACUAAAUACACUACAACUACACCAACUCUAACUGUUUACCUUCAGUCUCUGGACAGUGUAAUUGUGAGUGUUGGUGUACUGGUGGUAUAAACAGAAUAAAAAGUUCAAGUGUACACAAAUCCUGAAACUGAAUAUUUCAUAAUUAAGCGGUGCACAGAAUGAACGAGAACAUGACGCUGGUUCGUUAGUAAACAUAACCUUAAAAUUGAAUGAAUAUAAAGAAAUUCGAACAGUGAUCAACGAUUUUGAAUUAUUUAUAAUGUAUUAUAUACUUACUUUACUAUAUGAAAUUAUUAUUGAGCGGAUACUUAAAAAUACAUCAAUAAGAAAACCUGAUUGUCGAUUAGAUCAGGAAGUUAAUCACCAGUUCUUAUCAUAGAUUAAUUUUUCAGGGUAUUUACAACUACAAACUACAUUAGAAAAGUGAGGUUAUGUUUUUGAUGUUCAACGACGAUUAGCGCGUAAAAAAUAGAAAGUUGGUUAACUUCGAUGUCAAGAGCGAGUACAAGCGCGAUCAUUGCGUACGUUAUCACAGUUUCUCAACAAGUUUAACUAUCUUUGACAUUUAUGAAGGUCUAGGACUUGUCAUACUUACGUUUAUUCUGUCUACCGUUUAUGUAAAAAGAUUGUUGCAGAAAAUACAUUCUUCAACUUUCGUAUACUUCCAAAACAACAACAAAUUGUACUUGUGCGAUGAUUUAGAAACUUUUAUUUGUAUAUAUGAUUGUAAAUUUCUAUUUUAGCUCUAUACAUUAAUACUAUCACUUGUAAAGUUAGUUCGAAAUUAUCUAUUUUAUUAAAUAUGGAGAUACACGUAAUUGUUGUCCAAAAAAAUUGAUGUUGAUACUUUAGCCGGCCAUCUUUCUAGGACCAGUAAUUAUAAACAAAUGUAGUCCGCAAGUAGAAUCACUAUUUUUCUACAACUUCUUCACAAACUAUGUACUGUAGAUACUAUAUAUUUAAGUCGGCUUUCAAUAAAACUGAUUUUACCACACAUCAAGUACUUCAACAGUUAAAAGUAGUUAAAACUGCCACGCAGAAGCACUUAAGACAGGCUUUUCUCCCAACAAAUACUUUUUUAAAUUUGUGACGGAGUUUCAAGUUUAUUAGUUAUCUGUGGUAAAGUCCCCGGUGUUGUGAGGCCCCAUUUCACCUAUGGGUAGCGGUACAAAAAUAGAAUGCACUUUAUGAGUCAUAUAUCAUUCUUGACAAUUGAAAAGGAACCGUUUGUAUCCAUUGUUUUUCUCUAAAUAACUCUUCUCAAGAUGGGUUAAUAAAAUCAAGAUUCAUCAUCGGUUUUUAGAAAAUUCUAUGACGUGAUGACGAAUAAAUGUUUUAUUGAAAGAUGAAUUAAUAUUACUGAAAAAUGUAGUUAGGGAAGCUUAAUUCUUGCUCAUAAAAAGUAUUAGCUAAACUAGUUGGAAAAAUAAAUGUUGUUUGUGACUUAA